AUGGCGCGGUUUGACCCGACAGUCUGGUCCAGCGCUCCCACGCCAAAACCGCGCCAAGAUGACGAGCCGCAGACGUCACGUCGAGCCAAAAAAAGGCCAUUUCGUACGACCAACCACAACGCAACCGCCUCCCACCCAAAUACCGGACGAAUACACCCCAAUACGGGGCCCAGUUAUCGACGGGACGGGGCUUUCAAAUUAGGGCCAGUUGGAGGUUGCGGGCUUGGGUUGGUUUUUGCAGUCGGCGCCUCUUCGUCACCUGGGCCAAUCAGACCCUGUCGUGUGAAACUUUUUGCACUGGAGCUACCAUGUCUUGGCGAUGUUCGAUGUUCAUCAAUAGUGUAUGAUCUGCUACGUCUAGAUCCCUUCCAAAAAGCAGGUUUUGUUACUCUGGACACGUUUAAAGUUCUCAACGCUCUGCGACUCCUCAUUCAGAACCACUUUUCAUUCGAGAUAAGCGGCCCAGUUUGA